GUAGGGACUCGUUGUCAUAGGGAACUUUGUUUCUUGGAAACUUAGCAAUAUUUACAAAUAUUGUAAAAAUUAUCAAUAUCCCUCGUGAAUCAAUAACCUGCCCAUAGGGUGUGAGGUUUUUAGCUUAGUUUGCCCGGAAAGGGCUUCUGCACUCACUAUUCUUACACUUUUUUUGAAAGAAUGUGUGAGACAGGCAGUUAGCCUGCUAGCUAGCUAGCUGAGAGCUGAUACAGGCGGCAGGGGGAACAAAAGAUUUUUUGCUCUCUUUUUUUGCGUUUUGGCCGGUUGUACUGACACCAAGUCCAUGCAGAACGUGUCAUUACCAUCACUAUGCCCGUUUUACUUUUUCUUAUAGACACGUCCGCUUCCAUGAACCAGCGCAGCCAUCUGGGCACUACCUAUCUGGACGUAGCAAAAGGCGCUGUUGAGACUUUUAUGAAGCUCAGAGGCAGAGACCCGGCGAGCCGCGGGGACCGGUACAUGCUGGUAAAUUUUGAAGACGUUCCGUUCGGGAUCAAGGCCGGAUGGAAAGAGAGCCAUGCCACAUUCAUGACAGAGUUGAGGAACCUUCAAGCCACCGGACUCACAACCAUCGGCCAGUCCUUGAGGACCGCUUUUGAUUUACUCAAUCUGAAUAGAUUAGUGACUGGGAUAGACAACUAUGGACAGGGAAGAAAUCCCUUUUUCCUUGAACCUGCCAUCAUAAUCGCCAUCACCGACGGCAACAAGUUGACCAGCAGCAGCGGCGUCCAAGAUGAGCUCCAUUUGCCUCUGACCACACCGCUUCCAGGCAGUGAGCUGACCAAGGAGCCGUUCCGCUGGGAUCAGCGUCUUUUCGCUUUGGUGUUGCGCAUCUCUGGCAAUGCUUCGGUGGAACCUGAACCCCUUGGAGGGGUCCCCCCUGAUGAUUCACCCAUAACCCCCAUGUGCGAGGUUACUGGAGGGCGGUCAUAUAGUGUGUUCUCCCAGCGCAUGUUGAACCAGUGUCUGGAGUCUCUGGUGCAAAAAAUUCAGAGUGGAGUGGUGAUCAAUUUUGAGAAGACUGGACCUGAUCCUGCUCCACUGGAGGACUGUCCAGCCGAGGUUGGGAAAUCCGGUCCACAACCAUGGCAUUGCUGUCACAAGCUCAUCUAUGUACGACCUAACCCUAAAACCGGUGUUCCCAUCGGUCAUUGGCCCAUCCCUGAAGCUUUUUGGCCGGACCAGAACUCUCCCACACUGCCCCCUCGCACAGCCCACCCACAUGUGCGUUUCUCCUGUGUGGAUGCUGAGCCUAUGGUGAUAGACAAGGUGCCCUUUGACAAGUAUGAGCUCGAACCCUCGCCACUCACACAGUACAUUCUGGAGAGGAAGUCCCCGCACACCUGCUGGCAGGUGUUUGUAUGUAACAGUGCCAAGUACAGUGACUUGGGCCAACCGUUUGGCUACCUGAAGGCCAGUACAGCUCUUAACUGUGUCAACCUGUUCGUCAUGCCCUACAACUAUCCUGUACUUCUACCACUUCUAGAUGACUUAAUCAAAGUGCACAAGUUCAAGCCUAAUCUUAAAUGGCGACAGUCCUUUGAGAACUACCUGAAGACCAUGCCUCCGUAUUAUUUUGGGUCGCUGAGGAAAGCCCUGAGAAUUAUGGGAGCACCAAAUCUGCUGGCUGACAACAUGGAAUCUGGUCUGAGCUUCAGUGUUGUCUCCUACCUGAAGAAGCUCAGCCAGCAGACAAAAAUUGAGUAUGACCGCCUAAUUGCUUCUAUUGGAAAGAAGCCUCCAUCAGAAGCUGGUAUUAAGGUGCGAUGGAGGGGCCGAGGGGGUAUAUCUCUGGCACAGCGAAAAGACUUCACCCACCUGCUGCAGAGCAUCACAGGAGAUGUGCCCACCCUGCCCAUGGAGCUCAAUCCCAAGGAGUUCCAGGGCUUUCACCUGGCACUGCUCAACAAGAACCUAAAGCCACAAAGCUUCAGGAAUCCUUAUGACAUCCCCCGCAGUCACCUGCUGGACCAGCUCAGCCGCAUGAGGAGGAACCUGCUCAACACCAACGUUUGUGCUCUCAGAGGACAAGACUCAGACCAGCUCCAUAGUGUGCCAAUAGCCCAAAUGGGCAAUUACCAGGACUUCCUCAAAGCUGCUCCCCAGCCUCUUCGAGAUGCAGAUCCAGAGCAACCCAAACGUCUGCACACGUUUGGCAACCCCUUCAAGCUUGACAAGAAGGGCAUGAUGAUCGAUGAAGCAGAUGAGUUUAUUACUGGCCCUCAGAAUAAAGGUAAGAGGCCAGGAGACAGCAACAACAUGCCAGGUGGAGGACCCAAAAGACGCCGCUGUAUGUCCCCUCUGUUACGCCUUGGCAGGGCCUACACACCCCCAGUCAGCCCCUCAGCCAGCCCUCAACCUACACACGACAUGGACAUUAAUGAUGGAGCAUCUGAACCGGACUUGAUCAUCAACCAUCUGAAUCAGAAUCACUACAACCCUGACGGGACCUCAGACUCUGAAGCUGAUUAUUCGUCAGGACCUGACAGCAUCCAAGAGAACCACACAGCUGUGGAUCCUGAUGACCAGCAGCACCGGGACGAGGAGGAGAAUGGGCGGCCGCUACUAGGUGAGCUGCCAACGGACAGUGAGAGAGAGGCGGAGCUGGUGCUGGUGGAGGACCAGCCACGCUACCUAACACCUGCAGCCCUGAAGAAGCACAUUCACAACGAGACUGUAAAGGUCAACAGCGAGCUGAGGGCGCUCAUAACCAAGGAGAUCAGGAAGCCAGGCAGACAUUAUGAGAAGAUAUUCUACUUUCUGAAGCAGAUCCAGGGUAAUCUUGACACCCGGCUCAUCUUCCUUCAAAAUAUCAUCAAAGAGGCGGCAAGGUUCAAGAAGCGAGUUCUGAUUGAGCAACUGGAAACCUUCCUGGAAGAGAUUCACACCAGAUCAAACAACCUGAACCACGUGAACUCUCUCUGAGGACAGCUCAUCGUCCGUCCUCAUGGAAGCCCCGACACACCAGGCAGCAUCCGUUCUUCAGUGGUCUCUAGUGGCCUUCAUUUCCUCAUGUAACCGGUGUCUGUGCUGGUGCACAGAUUGCGUGUCACAUGCAAUGAAUGUGCAUGCAUCGUUGAGCUUUUGUGCUGCAGGUCAAGCUGUUUCAUGUUUGUGCUACAGAAAGUUCACAUUCUCUCUGAACUGUGUUCCUGCCCUGCAGCACUCUGCUCCACCGCUUCCCUCCCACAUCAGAUUUAUUUCAGUUUACGUGUUAACAUGGAAAUGAAGGAUGUGAGUGCAUGGACACGGCGCCAGCGUUGGACCAGUGUCAACACGUUUUAGGUGUGAUGACCUGUUGGUUUUUCAGCUAACUUGCAGUCGGGUACAAUCCAGCCGUUUUGUUAAACAUUUUUCGACUUUUUUUUUUUUUUUUUUUUUUUUUUUGAGUGAGAGAGAGAGGUCAUAGUCUUGUGACAAUUUACACGCUGUUGAAUUUUCAAAUGUGCCCACUCCACUGACAAGCACUCCCUCUGCUGUGCACUUUUGCACAUGCAGCAUGACUCGUGUGGAGGGUAAACACGUUUGGAAAUAACAAAGGCAACUCUUUAGACGGAUCUGUACAGAAUAAAACAGAAUCUCCGUGACAAAAAUACAGGACGAAAAACUCAGGAACGUACAACAUGCAUCACGAUUAGCAAUAACGCUGUUACCCCUCACUUUUUGGUUUCUGUUUGAACCUGACUUCACCACGAAAGCGUAAAGCUGUCACACCACUGAAAAACACAACUAUAUAUAUAUAUAUAUAUAUAUAUACAUAUAUAUAUACACACACACACACACACACACUGGUGUGACAGCAUUACAUGUCCCGUACAUUGCAGAUAUGCAACAUUUUUGGUGUUUGCUGGUGCACUGAUGCCCUGACGUCUUUUGUGAUGGCUUCUGUGUUAGUGGCUGCCAAAUACGUACCCCGCCUUUAAACUCCUCCCCAACAGGAAUCUCAGGCCAACUCCUCGUCACAGCAAAUGCACUUGUGUACAUUUGAGAAUGUUUAUUUAAUUUAAGUUAAUAUUACUUUGUUAUGAAAAAUGUUUCCAACAGUAGUUCUGUUGGUCAGACCUCUUGGAUUGUUCUCAAAUCUACACAAUCAGAAUAAGUUUGAGGAGUUGAUUUAUGAUUCAGGGGGAGUCUUCUCACUUUCCCUCCCUCCUUGGACAGGGACCAAAAUCUGCCAUAAAUGUCUUUGUUUUUGAAGAGGUCGCUACAAAAAUAAGUAUUUUGAAUACACUGUAAAAAAAUGUAAAUAACCCUAGAAUACUAUUUAAAGAGAAAGUUUAGUGGGAAUGGCCUUUUUGUAAGUAUUUCAUGAAUAAAGUUUCUAUUUUACACUGUGAAGGGCCAUGUAAAUAAAGUGUUCUGUAAAAAUG